UAGCCUUCAAUUCUCACUAGCUUGCUUCUCUUUUCUUACGAGAGUUAAGGAAGACAGAUUAUAUAUAUGGGUCCUGUGAAGUGUGCUUACUUAGCACUGCUGCUGUUUCUCUCUGCUGCAUGCCUGUGGAAGACCUCCGACGCACAUUCCCCUCGUCAAUUAGAGGGGAAUGCUGCUGUGACAAGAAUUCAAGCUGUUUCGACCGUAAAUGGAGAUCAUAUUCAAAUGGUCAGUCCUCCUGAUAUUGCUACCAAGGAGAACAGGCUAGGAGGAAGGAAACUGGCGGUUCAGAAAGUUAAAGCGGUGAAUGGUGCGACUGCUGUAAGGAGCUCAAACCAGCUUGAAGGGAACUGUGGUGGUGAUCAAGUGAAGCAGGGUAGUCAUGUAGAGUGUAACCAACAAAGUGGUACUGGAUUUGAGGGAGUUGAUGAGUCUGGUUUUGUAGCUUUUAAUGAGGAUUACCAUGCUCCAAGGCACCACCCGCCUAAGAACAACUAA